AUGAGCCUUCAGGUGAAUCUUCUCAACAACACGUUUGCUAACCCGUUCAUGAACGCGGCUGGCGUGAUGUGCAGCACGAUGGAAGACCUCGUGGCCAUGACCGAGUCGGCGAGCGGUUCUCUGGUCUCGAAGAGCUGCACCCCCGCUCUCCGCGAGGGCAACCCAACACCGCGCUACCGGGCCCUGCCGCUUGGCAGCAUCAACUCGAUGGGCCUGCCAAACAACGGGCUCGACUUCUACAUGGCCUACGCCGCGGAGCAGCACGACUACGGCAAGAAGCCGCUUUUUCUGUCCAUGUCCGGCUUGUCCGUGAGGGAGAAUGCUGAGAUGUGCAAGCGCCUUGCCGCCGUGGCGACAGAGAAGGGCGUCAUCCUGGAGCUGAACCUGUCCUGCCCCAACGUGCCCGGCAAGCCGCAGGUGGCCUACGACUUCGACGCGAUGCGGCAGUGCUUGACGGCGGUCUCGGAGGUCUACCCGCACUCGUUUGGUGUGAAGAUGCCGCCGUACUUCGACUUCGCCCACUUUGAUGCCGCCGCCGAGAUCCUCAACGAGUUCCCGAAGGUGCAGUUCAUCACCUGCAUCAACAGCAUCGGUAACGGCCUCGUGAUCGACGCGGAGACGGAGUCCGUGGUGAUCAAGCCGAAGCAGGGCUUUGGCGGCCUCGGUGGCCACUACAUCCUCCCCACGGCACUGGCGAACGUCAACGCAUUCUACCGCCGUUGCCCGGAAAAGCUGAUCUUUGGCUGCGGUGGCGUGUACACCGGUGAGGACGCCUUCCUGCACGUGCUCGCUGGCGCCUCCAUGGUGCAGGUCGGCACGGCGCUGCAAGAGGAGGGACCCGCCAUCUUCGAGCGGCUCACCUCGGAGUUGCUGAGUGUGAUGGCGAAGAAGGGCUACCAGACGCUGGACGAGUUCCGUGGCAAGGUCAAGACCCUGGACUGA